UGUUAAGUUUUUAGGUUAUGUUAUUGUAUACAAACAAACAGCAAGCCCCUCUUAAUCAUUUUAUUGUUCAAUAAAGGGGCGCGUUUAAACAAGUAAUUCCUUCCAAGAGUAAUCCUUUAUUACUGGCAUGUCUGACGACGAAAUUACAUACGUAAAAAAGACGAAAACCAUCCAUUAUGGAUCCCUGGAAGACCAGGAACGAGCCCGCAUGGAAGUCGCUUCGGAAGGUAGCGACAGCGAUUCGAUGGAAGGUGAACCAAUUAAGCCCCCGGCGCCUCCUCCUCCGGAAGAAAACAACGAGUACAUCGAACUGGAGGAGGCGAUGGCGCGAGACAAACAGGCCCUACUCGAAGAGUUCGAGAGAAGAAAGAAGGCCCGCUCUAUCAACGUCUCGACUGAUGACGGCGAGGUGAAACGAAACCUGCGUCAGCUGGGCGAACCCAUUUGCCUCUUCGGCGAGGGCCCCGCCGAGAGACGGAGCAGGUUAAGGGACAUUUUAAGCCGAUUGGGCGAGGACUCUGUGAUAAGGAGGGAGGCCGAGGAGGAACGGAAACAGUUUGAGAAGGACCAGGAGCAGACGUGGUACCACGAGGGGCCGGACUCCUUGAGAAUCGCCAGGUUAUGGAUAGCCCACUAUUCGUUACCUAGGGCGAAAGAGAGACUGAUGGAGGCCAGGAGGUUAUUGGAGCUGCCCGCUACCACUAAGACAGCCAGAUAUCAAGAAGUGCAAAAAAAGAUACAUCAGAUGGCGAUAUACUCCUCACAAGUGGGAGACAACAGACCGAUAUCGUACUGCACCUUCUCGCCCAAUUCCAAACUUUUAGCCACCGCCUCGUGGAGCGGUCUCUGCAAAAUCUGGUCGAUACCCGACUGCGAACUGAAGCAAACCCUUAAAGGACACACCUGCAACGUGGGGGCCAUAGUGUUCCACCCGAAAGCCACCUUGUCGCAGGAGGAGACCAUAUGUAACAUGGCCUCCUGCGCCUCGGACGGUUCGGUCAAACUGUGGGACUUUAAAAACGAGGAACCGAUCGCGGACAUCGAGGGUCACGUGCCCCACCGGGUGUCCCGGAUCGCGUUUCAUCCCUCGGGCAGGUUCUUGGGUACCUGCUGCUUCGAUAACUCGUGGCGACUGUGGGACCUGGAGCAGUGCACCGAGGUGCUGCAUCAGGAGGGGCACGCGAAACCGGUCUAUUGUUUGUCCUUUCAAGGUGACGGGUCGGUGUGCGCCAGCGGGGGACUGGACUCGUUCGGGAGAGUGUGGGAUUUGAGGACGGGCAGGUGUAUCAUGUUCAUGGAGGGACAUUUGAAGUCGAUUUACGGAAUCGACUUCUCCCCGGACGGGUACCACCUAGCGACCGGCAGCGAGGACAACACCUGCAAAAUCUGGGACCUGCGGAAACGGUCGGUCCUCUACACGAUCCCGGCCCACAACAACCUGAUCGCGGACGUCAAAUUCCAGAAAAUCGAGGGAAACUUCCUGGUCACCGCCUCCUACGACGGCAAAGUGAAAAUCUGGUCGAACAAGACGUGGCAACCGCUGAAAACGCUGUCGGGCCACGACGGGAAGAUCAUGUGCUGCGACGUUUCGGCCGAUAACGAGUUCAUCGUCACGAGCUCGUACGAUCGCACCUUUAAGUUGUGGGCACCCGAGCAGUAGGGUUCCACCCCCCCCCC